ACAAAAAAAAAAAAGAAGAGAAACAUAUUAAUAAAAUAACAACAUCUGUUCAGUUGAGAGAGAGAUAGAAAGAAAAGAAAAAGAAAAAGAUAGUCGGCUAGGGCACCGACUUAGGAAGAGUGCAGCUAGGGCAUCGAUUCACGAUCUCAGGAAGAAAAAGGAAAGAAGAACGAAGGCUUGUAGCAAAUUGGAAGCUGAUCGUUGAAGCAAAUCUGGUAUGUCUCUUCUUCUCUCCUCUCUGUUCUGUUAGCGACCUUUUUUUUUUUUUUUCUUUCUUUCUUUCAGUUUUAGCCCCUUAUUUCUUGUAUACCCUUGUAUUUGGCUUCAAAAAAAUCCUUGUUCAUGUUCAUGACACCUGUAGAAGAGUUAGAUGCGUGUUUGGUCAUUUCCCACGCGUAUCCGUGUCAGACACGUGUCCGACACCGCCUCGUCGACAUCUGGCGAAGUGUCCGUGCUUCUAAGAUUACCACAAAAGAUAUGAAUAAGCUAAUUAUUUUUAAUUACUUCUGAGUACUAUGAAGAAAAUGAAAGCUAGAGGCAGUUGGAAGAACGUAUUUUAUAGUGGGUCUUACUAUAUGAUAUUAGACACUAUGUAAAAGGUGUAAACCAUGUGAUGACACAUAUCUCAAGGAAAGUAGAAUUCCAAGGUGAAGAAUGUCAACCUUUAGCUGACCACCAUAUCUCCGCCAAUCAUAAGCUCAAGUUUUCAUUCUAAGGCAUGCCAUAGUUGCCACCAAUCACAAGCAAGAACCUUUUUUGCAAGUGAUGUCAAGGUCUUGUGUCAAAUGGGGUAAGGUUCCAAAGGUAAGGGAGGGCUAGGUAAGAGCACGUAACUAUUUGCCACACUGUGAAACACAGCCUCUAUGAUUUUUUUUCCUAAUUUCAUGCUCUUGUUUAUUCAUGUAUUGAUCGUAAUACUGAUAUAUGUAUCAGAGAGCCUUCCCUCGGCUCAAUGUCGGAGAAGACCUUAAACAUUUUGUCGGCUUUGUAGCUCACGAUCGGGACUGGGGUGCAACUUAACAUUCUUUAUUGAUUAAAUGAUUGCCGGAUUUUUUCCCAUGCAUUCUUAAAUUAUGUUUCAUGAAGUCUUUCGAUUUUUAGAGAGUACAUCCGUAAACUAUCUGCUAUUCUAAGUCGAGCAUCUUUCUAGAGUCAGGAGGUAGACAUAUUGGUAUCUCAAAAAAUCUUAUGCUCAUUUGUUGAUCAUUUUGCAGUAAAUUUCGUUGUGCCCAUUGGCUUUUUGUAUUGCUCUUCUAUGCGGUUGAUUUCUGUUGUUCCCUAUUUGUGGAUGUUUGCUAUGUUCUUACUUAAUGUGCUAAUUCGGUCAAUCCGGGUUGAACUCAUUUCAAAAAUCUAAAGUCUAAAACCUGGUAAUGUUGGGGUUGAAGGUUUUGGGUUAAGUUUGGAAUGAAGGUUUUAUAGCUGGAUUGACCUCUCAACCCAGUCAAGUUGUACCACUAGUCCUUCUCUUCCUUUAUGGUUAUUUUGAAAUUAUUCAACUACUUAGCUUUGAUAUAUGUAGUACUGGUUUUACCCCGUCAUAAAUUGUAUUUGAUACAUAAAAGAAGGGGAUUUUGAUUGAUAGUUAAGUAAUGUUUGGAGCGUAUGACUAUGUUCCAAAUGCUUGCAUGAUGUUGCCAUGUUUGAUGUGCGUUUUUUUCUAGGAUUUAAUCUAUUUGGCAAUCAUUAUGCUUACCAUGUCACUCAUUUUGUUUCAAUGUGAUGCUCAGCAUAAGUUUGUAUUUUGGUACACUCGUCGAACACCUGGACUCCGUACUCAGACAUCUUACGAGGACAACAUAAAGAAAAUUGUAGAUUUCAGUACGGUUGAAGGUUUUUGGAUUUGCUACUGCCACUUGGCUCGUCCAUCAUCAUUGCCAAGCCCAACAGAUUUGCAUCUUUUCAAGGAAGGAAUUCGUCCACUAUGGGAGGAUUCUGCUAACUGCAAUGGUGGGAAGUGGAUAAUACGGUUCAAAAAGGCUGUGUCAGGUCGCUUUUGGGAGGAUCUGGUCCUGGCAUUAGUGGGUGACCAACUUGAUUAUGGUGACAAUAUAUGUGGUGCAGUGUUGAGUAUUCGUUUCAAUGAGGAUAUAUUGAGUGUCUGGAACCGCAAUGCAUCUGAUCAUCAGGCUGUAAUGGCUCUAAGAGAUGCAAUCAAACGACACUUGAAGCUUCCUCAUAGCUACGUAAUAGAAUACAAGCCUCAUGAUGCUUCUUUGCGCGACAAAUCGUCAUAUCGUAACACUUGGUUGAGAGGAUAG